CAUUUCUUGAUUGUACUGCACUCGUCAAUGUAAAAUUGUUUAAGCUAAUAAAAAAAUUGUUUAUGACAUUCUGCUUUUUCACUGUCUAUGGACUGUCAUGCUUAUCAGAAGAACAAAGGUAUACAGCAGAAAACACGUCACUAACGAAUCCAACAGCUACUCCAGGAAAAAAUAGAAUAAGGGGAAAAAAAGGGCAAACAGGAAAAAAAGAUUUUACUGUUGGCUGCUUUGCUUUGUGUCAUAAUUCAGAGAAUGCAAGGCUGCGUUAUUUAAGGUGUGGUGUUGGUUCUUAAUUAUAUACAACCUCCCUUCUCAUAUGAUUAUUCUUCUGUUAACAUUAACCUGAAAAUGUGCCAGACGUUCUGUUAAUGGUAUAUUCAUUGGUCAAAGAAUCUAUCUGGAAUCUACAAGAGAGACUCCCAUGGCUAUAAUAAAGCCUAGAUCUGUUGCAGUUUUAGUAGUAACAGCAUUUUUCCUUCUGAGCUUCAUGUGGCACAGGAAAAGAGUUCAGGUGUCUUUACUUCAUACAUUUUGUAACUGCACUGGACCUUUACAAGAGAAUGUAACCUUCCCGGAAGUACCAAGUGAACUGCAAGUUAAAAUAAAUGACAUUUUUAACAGAAUUCAAAAACUUAUCCCAAAUGUUACUCUCUCUAACUUGAACAUAGCAACAAAUGGAAAGAACAGUAAAGCAUUUAUAGUAAAUUCAAGGGAAAAGUAUUGUGUUGGAGAGGAUCUUGUAGUUCAGCUUGAUAUGUAUGACGCACUAGGUAAUAGGAAAACACAUGGAGGAGAUUUUAUAUGGACUCGAAUAUUUUCUCCAGAAUUAAAUGCAGCCAUCUCUGGAAGAGUAGAAGAUUUUUACAAUGGAACAUAUCAUGUUCAUUUUCCUUUGCACUGGCAGGGGAAAAUCAAGUUCUCUGCCAUGUUGUUUCACCCCAGUGAAGGAAUUUCGGCUCUAUGGAGGUCUAGACAUGCCAGUUUAGGAGUUAUCGGUUUUAAUGGCAGAUUUGUACAUCUAAAGGAACAAGCUAUUACAACGUGUGGAUUUAAACUUCAAACAAAGGAAGAGGUUUGUGAGUAUCUGGAUCCAGAUGAUGAAGAGGCCUUCUAUUGUAUCAAACCGAAAAAUCUACCUUGUGAGAGCCUGCAUGACAUGAUGGCUAUUGACCUGCAUUCAUCAUAUCUCAGUGAUGAGGAAAAACAACUCUUUCAAAGGUCCAACAUUGGAGUGGGAAUACCUGCUAAUUUUGAAUUUGUAGAUGUAGUGGAUUGUAAAAAAGUGUCUUCAGCAAAACCAAAUUGUCAGACGGGUAUGAACUCUCCAUUUCCAAGUGGCUACUUUUACAAGGGUGUCUGGAACCCAGUUUAUUGCAACAUGUCUAACUACAAUAAUGCAGAAAGCUUAACCAAGUGUCUGCAGGGAAAGAAGCUUUUUCUCAUUGGAGAUUCAACACUGCGCCAGUUUAUUAUGCACUUUACAGAAGGCAUUCAAAUUGUUAAAUACUUUGGAUACCAUGGAAGGCAAUGGCAGUCUUGGGAGGAGACACUUCUGGCUAUCAACAUUGAGAAAGAUAUUUAUGUCUCGUAUAAAAGACAUGGAUUCCCUCUAGAGAGCUUUAUGUUCUAUUACUUUAAAGAGGACAAAUACACAAGCCGUCAAAUUGACCAACAAGGUGGAGGGAAAGACACCAUAUUUGUUAUCACCAUGGGACAGCACUUUAGGCAGUUUCCACUUCAGCUUUACAUCAGAAGAGCCAUCAACAUCCGAAAAGCCAUAGAACGGUUGUUUAUUAGGAGCCCUGAAACAAAAGUUAUAAUCAAAACUGAAAAUACCAGAGAAAUUAAUGCUCCUGUUGAAAGAAUUGGGGAUUUUCAUGGGUACACUCAGUACCUGGCACUGAGGGAAGUAUUCCAAGGAAUAAAUGUAGGCUUUGUGGAUGCUUGGGAUAUGACUGUCUCAUCAGCUACAGCAACCGUUCAUCCUCCAGGGAACACAUUUCAAGGAAUAAUGAGUUUGACGUUUACAUUUGCUUGUUCAUAAGCACAACAAAUCAUUUUCACAACUAAAUUUUUAACCUUUCAACACAUUAAUAUAUUGCUCAUUAUGCCACUUAGUUAACAUAAUAAUCACUAAUAUUAAUAAUCGAGUAUGCUGAAGAAAGGAAGAAAUAUUUGGCAGGAGAGUACACAUCACAUUCUUGUUUAAAUGCAGUUUUAUAGCUUAUGAGUUUUAAAUAUAUAUAUUUACAGGAUAUGUUUGUUUAUGUGAAAUUAAAGGGUUUUUCACCUUCCAAACACUUUUUUCAAUUCAGUUGUUUUUUUAGAUUGUUCCCCAGAAAUAAAGACUUUUUUCAAUUACUUUCCAUUAUUUAUUUUUUAUGUUUUUUCCAAAA